AUGACACGGCUACGGCUGGUCGGGUGGCUGCUGCUCACACCAGGACUGAGCGAGCAGGCAUUGAUAUGCACCAGAUGCGCCAGGACGCUGGGACAGAAGCAAACCAUCACACAACGACUGGCCACAUCGGCAGCCUUCACAUCAAGGCGGCACAUCUCGACAUCACGGUCCGUCAGGCAGACGGCGCAAGAGUUGGAUGGACGAUAUUUCAUAGCCAAUGGCGCCGAGGCGAGGAUGGCUGGCAUGCGCUCCAAAUGGACAGAGGCCACCAAGGUAGAGCGACAGAAGCAAUCACAAGCAGAGAGUGUCACGACCGAGCAGCGACCACUCGAUACACCCUCACCACGUCCGCGGCGGCGAAGACAGUCUGGCACUGAUGGCAUUGUGCCAGAGCUACCGCCCGAUGCCUCGAGUGCUCUGUCUAGUAUUGCUGCUCAGGCCGCCCCUACCUCUCUGCGCCGUCGCAUGGCCACAUAUCUCUCCCUCACCAAGCCGCGCCUGGCUUUCCUCGUCGUCCUCACCACCACCGCCUCAUACUCGCUGUACCCAAUACCCUCGCUGCUCUCUACCGCAGCCACUCAUACUCCCUCGCUGAGCAGCUUGACCCUGCUGUUCCUUACCACCGGCACAUUCAGCACAAUCGCAUGCGCCAACACACUGAACAUGCUGUUCGAGACCAACCACGAUGCCAAGAUGACCCGCACACGCAACAGACCACUGGUGAGGAGACUGGUGAGCCCUCGUGCUGCUGUACUGUUCGCUCUGGCCGCCGGUGCCACCGGUACUGCAAUCUUAUGGUACGGCGUCAACCCGACCACCGCCAUGCUAGGCGCCGCCAAUGCAGUACUAUACGCCUGCAUAUACACCNCCCUCAAGCGCAUCCACCCCGUCAACACCUGGAUCGGCGCCAUCGUCGGCGGCAUCCCACCACUAAUGGGCUGGUGCGCCGCCGGCGGCUACUACAUCACCUCCUCAUCACCACAAUCCCUCGCCGACGAAGCCUCUGCACUGCUCUUCAGCCCAGCAUCCGCAGGCGGCUGGCUCCUCGCCGCUCUCCUCUUUGCAUGGCAGUUCCCGCACUUUAACGCCCUUUCCCACCCUAUCCGCCACGAAUACUUUGCUGCCGGCUACCGUAUGCUGGUCUCCCUGAACCCGCGCAUGAAUACCCGCGUCGCAUUGCGCUAUUCCCUGCUCAUGUUUCCCAUCUGUAUUGGAUUGAGCUACGUCAAUGUCACAGACCGCUACUUUGUCAUUACUUCAUCGGCAAUCAAUGGCUGGAUGGCAUACGAAGCUUUCCGCUUCUGGCGCAGUGGAGGUGGAGAAACAAAGACUGCGGUUUUGACGGCUAGAGGCUUGUUCUGGGCGUCUGUCUGGCAUUUGCCGCUGGUUCUUGUGCUGGCUAUGACGCAUAAAAAGGGGCUUUGGGAUGGUGUUGCCAGGGGUGUCAAGGGUAUGUUGGGAUACCCUGACGAAGAGGAUGAGUGGGAGUGGGUGGAUGAGGAUGAGUAG